AUGAGCGACGCCUUUGAAACCGCGGCCCCGCCGCAUGCCACCUACGACACUGUCCUUGUCCUGGACAUGGGAUCUCAAACUAGUCAUCUCAUCUUGAGACGACUACGAUCUCUGGGUGUCUACUCUGAGAUGCUUCCCUGCACCCAAAAGAUUAAGGAUCUGGGCUGGAAGCCAGUUGGUGUCAUUCUCAGCGGAGGUCCUUCAAGUGUCUACGCGGAUGAUGCCCCCGGUGUGGUCCCCCUGGUGUUUGAGCUCGGUGUUCCUGUUUUGGCAAACCCCAAAAGUGUGGCUCGAGGAGUCAACCGUGAGUACGGUGAGACCCAGAUGGCCAUCCACAAGAUUGGCACCCAUGGUGAUCGACUUUUCGAGGGAUUGGGAGACUCUUUGAUCGUCGUCAUGAGCCAUUUCGACAAGGUCGUCCAGCUGCCCGAUGGCUUCCAGACCAUUGCUACCACCAAGAACAGCGAGUUUGCUGGUAUCGCCCACGAGACUCAGCCUAUUUUCGGCAUCCAAUUUCACCCCGAGAUCUCUCACACCGAGAAGGGAACUGACAUCAUCGCCAACUUCGCCACCAAGAUCUGCGGAGCCCGACCUGACUGGAAGAUGGACGACUUCUCAGCCCGUGAAAUCAAGCGCAUUCGGGAGCUCGUUGGCGAUAAGGCCCAAGUUAUUGGCGCCGUCAGUGGCGGAGUGGACAGCACCGUUGCUGCUAAGCUCAUGAAGGAGGCUAUCGGAGACCGAUUCCAUGCUAUCUUGGUUGACCAGGGUCUCAUGCGCUUGAACGAGUGCGAGCAGGUCAAGGAAACCCUUGACAAGCACCUGGGCAUUAACCUCACUGUUGUCGACGGAUCCGAGCUCUUCCUUGGCCGUCUUGCUGGUGUCACUGAGCCUGAGGCCAAGCGAAAGAUCAUUGGAGGAACCUUCAUUGAUCUCUUUGAGAUUGAGGCGCUCCGCAUCGAGAAGGAGGCUGAGAACACAGACCGUGCUGGCAAGGUCGAGUGGUUCCUUCAGGGAACACUCUAUGCCGAUAUCGUGGAAAGCUUGAGUUUCAAGGGAGCCGCCAGCUCCACCAUCAAGUCUCACCACAACGCUGGAGGACUUCCCGCUCGCAUGCAAAAUGGCGAGGCCCAAUUGAAGCUCCUUGAGCCUCUCCGAGAACUUUUCAAGGACGAAGUGCGAGCAUUCGGACGUCAACUGGGUAUCCACGAGGAGCUCAUUGGCCGACACCCCUUCCCUGGCCCUGGUCUGGGUAUCCGAAUUAUCGGCGAGGUCACCCCUGAGCGAGUUGAGAUUGUUCGCAAGGCCGAUCACAUCUUCAUCUCCAUGAUCCGUGAGGCCGGAAUCUACGACGAGGUCACCCAAGCCUACGCUGCUCUUGACUCCAGCCGAGCGGUUGGUGUCCAGGGCGAUGCCCGAGUCUACGGCUACAUCUGCAUUCUGCGUGCCGUGACCAGCUUGGACAUGAUGAGCGCCGAGCCCUACGAGUUCACAUGGAGCCUCAUGAAGGCUAUCAGCAGGAGGAUCGUGAACGAGGUUGACGGCAUCGCAAGAGUCGUCUAUGACACUACCUCCAAGCCUCCUGGCACCAUUGAGUUGGAGUAAUCUUGUUCAACUCGAUCUAAGAACAAUUUCCAGACCAUCGUUUCUGGUAAAGACUUGAUUUGGCGUUUAGACGGAUAGUUGAAAUUUUGCGGGGAAAAAUAAAAAUAACGGGACUUUUUUUCAUC